CUCUCUCUCUCUCUCUCUCUCUCUCUCUCUCUCUCUCUCUCCCUCUCUCUUCUCUUUUAACCAAAAAAGGCACUUUACAUUCAAGUCAACAUUAAUUGCUAAUAAUAAAUCAAUAAUGGGGUGCCUUUUCGCUUGUUUCAGUGCUUCUAAGUUUCGAAAACGCAGGCAUUUCCGGAAUGCAGCUUCCUGUGAACCCAUUAGAGAUGGAGCCGGUGAAGCUCAGGAACUUGAUGUUACUACAGAUCAACAAGUCACAGAAGAACCCAUUAAGCCCAUUAUAGAAUCCAAAGAGAAGCUUGAAGAACAAUUGAGCAGCAAUGCGAAAAGGAAGAUGACCUUUGAUUUGAAUGCCAAGACCCACGAGUGUUUGUCUACUGGGGAAGUUACUGAAGAUAUAGUAGAAAAUAAUGAGAAGAAAGGGAGUGAAAACAAAGAUGAAGAACCAUCAGAUGAAAGCAAAUCAAAUCCUAAUUUGAUUUCAUCAGAUGGAACAGCUUACCCUCCAAACCAUAGAUAUCAAAAUUAUAGGAAGGAAGAAUCUGAAGAUUUAGAUUUGGAAGAUAGUGAGUUUGAUGAUGUUAGAGAUAAUGUGGGUGUUGAUGGUAAGAUUUUGGUUCAAGAAGAGUCGUCUGAAUCAUUGUUUUCAUUAUCAAUUGAUUCAAGAAAAUAUGUGAGUGAAGCUGAAGUAGGUGAAAAGGAGGUCUGUAGUCCAAUGCCAAAGUGUGAUUCACCUCAGGAUGAACUUAAGUCAAUUGGGUGCAAUCCAAAUGUUCGAGAUAGGACUCAGUAUGUUGAUCCUGUGUUGAAUCCAGUAGAAAGUUUUACUAAGUGGAAGGCAGUCAAAGGAGCAACCUUAACACUUCACCAUCAUGACAAGGAAAACGUCAAUAUAGAGCAACAUUUUGGCAUGCACAUUAGUCCAGAGCCUAGUUUUAAGCUACCCACAAACAAUGCAAAAGAAAAUGCUGAUCACAAGAAGCCUUUAGACAAAGAAAUUGCUGUGGAUACUAGCCUAUCUAGUUGGUUGGUCAAGUCCGAAACGACACCCUUGUCCAAGGGAAGUGCUACUUCUGUUGGGAAUACACCAGCUGAGAGGGCAAGUUCUCCCAGAAGCUGCGAAGAUAGGCCUAUUUUAGGAGAACUGCCAAUGAACUCACUCAAGCAAGUUUCUUCAUCUACUUCUUCUAGACGAGGAAGGAGUCAGAGCCUUGAUGAAAUACCGAUAAUAGGGACCAUUGGGAGCUACUGGCGUCAUAUUGGACGUAUAGUGGAUUCAGAUUCAGGCUCUUCUAGCAAAGGAAUAUGAACAGAACAAUUGAGGAUGAGAGAGUAAAGUGGAACUCUUCUACCCCAUUUGAAGGAAAGCUGGAGAGGGCCUUCGACAAGGUCAGCAGCCAAGUUCAGCAAGUGUCUCAGUAGGGUUUUGCGGCUUAGUAAUGGCGGAGUUCUUUGUGCAGUUCUGUGAAUAUCCAUGAGUGCUUUCUUUCUUUCUUCGCUAAUAUUACAGUGAACUGGUAACUCUACGAGAUGGUUAAUGGAACGAAUUGCUUUUUUUCUUCACCAA